AGCUCGUUUUUCUUCCCCUUCAGUUCGUCUCCUUCACACGCCAAGGUUUUUUCUCUUCAAAAGAAAAAAAAAAAGAAAAGAAAAUAAUAAUAAUAAAGAAAAGUUCUGCUCAAGCCCUAAAUUCGAUCGAGCAAUACUCCGGGGAUUGUUAUUUUCGAUACAUCUAUUGAUUUGAAUAACCGAGGCGGCGAGGAUUGGCGGCUCGAUGAAUCGCCGUCGAUUUAUUUCGAGGGUUCCCCUUUUGUUGAUUUAUGCAAGCACGAUUCUAAUCAUCUAUUCCCCAGCAUUGAUAUCAGCAGCAGUUGUCACACUUGAUUCCAUCGAGAUCUUCAAAACUCAUGAAUGGAUUCCGACUAAACCCAAAGUAUACUUUCACUGUAAAGGAGAGAGUGAGAUAAUUCUACCAGAUGUUAAACACAAGCAUGUAUUGUAUUCCUUCAGGGGUGAAGAAUCGUGGCAGCCCCUAACAGAACUUUCUGAUACGAAAUGCAAACGCUGUGGACUUUAUGAGAAGGAUGCCGUUAGACCAAAUUACGUAUUUGAUGAAUGGGAACUUUGUCCAUCUGAUUUCACACGGUCCGAUGGCAAGUAUAUUCAUGUUAGGGAGAAAGAGUUCAAUGCCACAUUUUUAUGUAAAGAAUGUGUUGCUCAGGAAAAAGCUUCAUCUUCAUCCUCACUUUCGGAUAAGGAUAAAGCUAAUUCCACUAAGCUGGUUGCAAGUGGUGGCAGAGACGAAAGAGAAUGCAACAGCAGGCUCAGUUCCUCGAACUUUUUGAAGAUGCUGAUGAUAUCGAAGAUGAAUUGGGUAUAGGCCCUCUCAGCCAUACAGUUUGAAUCACACAUCCUGAUCUUCUCACUCUUUGUCUGUACACUACGGAUAGCUGCAACGGGACGAGCUCUAUUGUAUAGGUGUGUAUACUCGAUGUUCAUACACAAACAAAACAUUGCACAAUCAUGCCCGCAUUUGAGGUUUUGGGGUAGUUCAGGCCUUUGCUGUGUGCAUUUCUUUUCUUUUAGGACCUGACAAAGACGGCAUCACCAAUAUGCACGUGACAUGUACCAUAAAUAAAACAGAAGAUGAGUUAUCAUUUACCAGGAAAUAGUGAACUGUCUAUGUAAAGAUCAAGAAACAAAAACCCAGCAAGAAAAAUGGUCCCUUUUUAUUGCAUCA